ACGCUGCUGUCAUUUACCAGCAGGCUGGGCGCGCGCACGCUGGCUCCUGACCGCAGACGCCGAGAUCUCAUGGUGGAUUUAAAGCUCGCGGAAAGCGGAAGCCUGGCCUGCGCCGCUGCAUCAGCUGACAGGACGGGAGAGAAGAGAAAGAGAGGAAGCUGCUAGUCGGCUAGCAGCGCAGACAGCGGCUCCAGCUCCGUGGUGUGGACCGUGUUGUCGCUCCUCUCCUCCCGCUGUGAACAUGAAGUGAGGCGACAAAGCGAGGCUGACAGACAAGCCGCCACGAACCCCCACGGAGGACGGGAGGAGAGACGUCGUCCUCUGGUGGGAAAGCAGGAGGAGCUCGCCCCCGGUCGUGUCCGCCACCCCGGGUCGCCUCCAGCCCUACGGCCCCGGUCCUCCGGACGAGGCGGCGACCAUGACGACAGGCGGCUGCUGCCACCUGCCCGGCUCCCUGUGCGACUGUGCCGGCACGGCGGGUCCCUGGAAGUUUGUGGAGGAAGCGGGCGGCGACGCGUGCCAGGCGCUCUACGUGGCCCAGGUCACGGCCCUGGACGGGCGGCUGCUGUCCUCCGUGCUCAAACCCGUGAGCGCGCAAAGCGAUGGCCCCAUCUGCCGUAUUUGCCACGAGGGCGCCAGCGGCGAGGGCCUCCUGUCGCCGUGUGACUGCAACGGCACGCUGGGCACGGUGCACAAGAGCUGCCUGGAGAGGUGGCUGUCCUCGUCCAACACCAACUCCUGCGAGCUCUGCCACACCGACUUCAGCAUCGAGAGGCGACCCAGGCCCGUCACAGAGUGGCUGCAGGACCCCGGCCCUCGUAAUGAGAAGAGGACGCUGUUCUGCGACAUGGUAUGCUUCCUCUUCAUCACGCCCCUCGCCGCCAUCUCCGGCUGGCUGUGCCUGAAGGGGGCUCAGGACCACCUCCACAUGGGGAGCUGGCUGCAGGCCGUGGGCCUCAUAGCGCUCACCAUCGCCCUCUUCACCAUCUACGUCCUCUGGACUCUGGUGUCGUUCCGCUACCACUGUCAGCUCUACUCCGAGUGGCGACGGACCAAUCAGAAAGUCCGCCUUCUCGUGCCCGAAGCGAAGGAGUCUAACUCUUCCCAGCAUUCCUUGCUCUCCAGCAAAGUCAAGAAGUCUGCCAGCGAGAGUAUAGUAUGAGAGCAGAUGGAGACGUGUGGGAGCUUGCAUCGUGUUUGCUGGUUGGACUUCAUGAGAAGCACUUAUGGGCUCUUUUUUAUUAUUAUUCUUAUUAUUUGCUUUCUUCCCUUUUGCCUAAUUUUUAUUUACUUUUUUACUUUGCAUCUCCCAAAUGUGCUCUGCAGGUCAUAGUAAUGUGCACGUUUUAACUGAGUCCUGUUUGUCAUCGCUGGGUGUUUUGAUCGAGUAUAUGCAACAACAACAAAAAAGUGCGUGUUUUGUUCAGAAACAUGUUUUCUGACUCAUCGUGAUGGAUAAUGAGGGGGGGGGGGUGAACACUUACCAGGGCUGUGAUUUCUAUUGGUUGUCCCCUAUAGUUUCAGUGGAUGACUUUGCAGUGGAUGGUUUUAACACGCUCUGUCUUGCAGAGGUAUUCACGCCCCUGAGGUUUUAUACGUUCUGGCGGGUUACCGCCACAAAAACACAACUUAAGCUUGAGGUGGAACCGCUUUCACCGUCUUUUCUGGUCUCGCUGUGACGGACGGCUGGAAAAACCUUUGGCUCUUUGGUUUCUACUUCCACAUCCAGAUGUUGAAAUGCAGCUUGAGUUUAACCUGCAACUCAGAUUUUGCGCUGCAGCAGUUUUUUUUGUUGUUGUUUUUUUUAGGGAUGACUGUGUACCAUGAGAUGUGCAAUAGGAACACUGUGGAAAUGAAGGUUUUUACUGUGCACAACGAGACUACCAUGCACACUUACGCAUGCAUACGCACAAUAAGUCAUUUUACUUCUUUCUUUGGGGGGGGUUCUUUUUAUAUUUCACUAGACUGGUUGGAUUUACUGUUUUCCAACGAAAGCAGGCUUUUAACAGCGCCCUCAUCGAGGUUUUUGUAUCGUCAGCACUUAAACAGAAAACCAAACUGCUUUUUAAAAGAUUUUCCCAGUUUUGUUUUCCUCUUGGUUGACCUUCACACCUUGGGGUUUGAGUUCAACGUUCUUGUUCUGAGUGUGAGAAUUCUGCGUUUUCUUCCAGCUAUCUUCAUAUUUUGUGUCAUUAUUUUUUUUUUUUCCACCGCAGUAAGUGGGGUUCAAGUUCUUUUUUUUUUUUUUUUUUUUUUCAGCACAGUGGGAUGUAGAAGGUGACAGAAAAACGUAGAAAGACUAAUGUGUCAUGACACGUUUUUGUUUUUUGACCUCAUUCCAUCCAUUUUUCUAAGCCCAGAUAAUCCUUGCAGGGUCCCUGGGGGGGUGCCUAGAGGGCAUGUGGUGAGAGGCGGGGUACGCCCCGGGCGGCUGGCCAGUCCACCAUGGGACCAUGGAAAGGGAAAUAAGCAUGCAUUGAUUGGUUAAUUAUUAAGUUUACCUAACAUGUAUUAGUAUAGAGUGAGGGAGGCACCCAGAGAAAACAGCCCUUACCACUGCAUUUAGAGGAAUGCCUCAUUACACAUGCCCUGCUCCAUUCAUUUCUUGAUCGCUUUUGGUGAUGAUCAGACCAGACUUAUGGCGGGCGAUGUAGACCUAAAAUUUUAAUACAAUAUUUUGUGUUUAAUUCAAUAAUAAUUAAAAUUUUUUUUUUACUGUAUCAGUCUUUUUGGCCAUAUAAUAAACAACCCCCUGUGUUUGGGGGUCAAAGCCUCAUGAACACAACGAAUGCCUUGAAAAUAAAAGUUUGUUACACGGGCUGCUUCAGUACCACUGUUGGCAUUUUACACCCUAUUUCAUUUGAACAUGUUGACAUUUUGCAAUUUUGGUUCCGUGGUAACCAAUGUGUCGAAAUUAUAUUAGUUCCCAGGGAAACGAAAUUCCAAAGAAAAAGGGAAAAUCUCAACCCUGCUGCCAGAUGACGGAGCUUGAAGUUUAAAGUCUGUCUUUAUCACCAAAAACCAUGCCGAGAUCAGACUUUGCAGUUUGCUCUUAUCUUAUGCCAUCUGUGUUUGCAUUUUACAUGGAUUCAUUUCUCCAGACACACUUUGUGUAGACUCUUUUUGGGAGGAAAGCUUGGACAUAAACUCCAAAUGAACAGUAAUUAGGCAGAUGAAACAAAGAAAUCAAUCUUUUUUUUUUACACCUCUUUGAAUGAGAAGGAUUCUCUAAGGGCCAGAUGGUUGGAUCUGAUCAUUUGAUUAUUCUGCUACCUUCUGGUAGUUUGCCCCACUGCCCCAGGGAGAUAUUUGAUCAGCGAUGCUUUUUGGGAAAGAAAGGAAAACCCAUUUAAGAUCCACCCUCAGACUGUACCUCUUCCAUCGUGCCGGAUCAUCGCUGGGAUUUCCCCACUCGGCGUGAACACCAACGACUCUGUUGAGCAACAUGAACUGAACUGCAUUUGUGGGUUGAUUUUUAGUGUUGAAUGUCUGUUCACGGCGAGUAAAAAAUUAUGCAAAACUGCCCCCGGUUUGGCCGCGGCGUCACCAUGGAGAGGUGGAAAUCAUCCAGAGUCUAUCGAUGCAUUUACCUCUCCGAAAUGCCAUCCAGGAGAAAGAUUGUAAAUAAUGUUUUUCUUAUGUACGUUCAUCAACAUGGAAAUGUCUUUUGCCAUCUUUUUUUUCUUUUCUUUUAAGAGGCAGGAUUGUUUAUAUUUCAUAGGCUGAGUUGCUGUUCUUUUUGUUUUUAAUAUUGCUCUGUUUUCUGAUAUGCUACAGGAUCUCUCUCCAAUCCUGGUACCUUCAAAUCAGCCAAGAACUGUUUGCUAAAAUGUCAUAAUAAAUUCUUAGCGAGCAUUAAUGGAGAA